AUGGCCUCCAACGUCAUCGUCCUCUACAACCAGCGGCGCCAUCAGAUCAAAGUCACGCCCACCCGCUCACUAAGCGACGUGCACACCGAGGCCUGCCAGAAAUUCAACCUCGACCCGCUAAAAUACACCCUCAAACGCGGCACCACCCCCCUCGACCUCUCCCUCCAGAUCCGCUUCACCAACCUCGGCCCAGGCGCCAAGCUAGACCUCAUCCCCACCCGCCCGCCCACGACCCCACUCACCAUCGUCCUCCGCCUGCAAUCCACCCCCCCACAGGAACUCAGCGGCCAGUGCGCCCCCACCGCCACCCUCUGGUCCGUCCUCCGGUCGUUCGAGAAGCUCUAUGCAGGCCUGAACCUGACCGAGCGGUACGCCUCGAGCGCAACACUGGGCGCCGGCCGCCUACUGUACGAAGUCCCGGCUGUCCGUGUCGCGAAUAGAGAGUUUGUGGGCGUGGCAGAGAUGCAGACGACCCUGGUGGGGCUGGGGCUGCGCGAGGGGCGGGUGGCCAUCGUGGUCGGGUGGCGGAGCUCGGAGGUGCCGUUGGAGGUGGCGCUGGAGGAGAUUGAGAGCGUUGCGCCAAGGGCGGGGGCGGAGGAGGUGCCGGCUGCGCUGCCGGCGCAACCGAAGGCGUCCAGAGAUGCGGCGAGGGGGGAUACGGAGAUGGGGGAGGCGGCGGCGGUUGUGGAGGGUGCUGUUGUAGAGGCGCCUGUGGGGGCAGAUGCAGAGGGUGUGCUGCAGGGCGACGAGAAUGCGCCGGCGUCGGGGGAGCUGGAGAAGCCGACGGUGUCGGUGUACCGGCCGUCGGACUCACAGACCCUUGCCGCAGCUCAGAUCAACGUGCCCGAAACGGCCUACGAGAUCGGCAUCAACGAGGCAAAGAUCAUCCAGCACCACCUCAAGAAGGCGGCCAUCGGGCGGCGCCUGCCCUCCGACAAGGAGAUUGAAGAGAAGGAGGCCGCCGCGCUCGCCGUGGUCGAGAAGGUGCAGACUCUGGUGAUCAAAGUCCGCUUUCCGGACGGGUACAUCUCGGAGCAGACGCUUCAGGCAAAACACACCGCCCAAGACCUCUACGAUACCAUCCGCACCACGCUCCGCCACCCCCUCGAGCCCUUCACUCUCGUGAUCCCCCCCCGCCUCCCCAUCCCCGAAUCGCGCCAGCGCCUCACCAUCGACCUGCGCAUCCGCUCCGGCGCCACCGUACACCUAACCUGGGACGGCAGCGCGUCCAAAGCCGCGCGCACCGAGCCCGCGCUCAACGACCAGUACCUCGACGCGUCGCGGGCGCUGCCGGACGUGAAGCUGGCGCAGGAGGAGGGCGAGGGAGCGGGAGCGGGACUGGGGGUCGAGGGGUGGAAGGGGAAGGCGCCCGAGAAGCGGCCGAUGGAUAGGGAGGCGAAGGAGAGUAAGCUCAAGGCGCUGUUUGGGCUGGGGAAGGGGAGGAAGUAG